GCCAUACUAUUUGGGCAUUAAUAACGUAAACAGAAACAGCUGAUCAGUAAACCGUUGAAAUAAUACAUUUGGCUUUAGCCACAGUUAUGAAUCUUUUUCGCAGCGUUAGUCUUACAUUGCGUUCCGCUCAGUUGCACAGAAUGUCAGCAACACCACAAACUGCACCAGUAGAGGCGGCUAUACGUGCAGCCCUCACCGAGAACUUUCAACCAGUGCACUUGGAAGUAAUCAACGAAUCCUACAUGCACAACGUACCUCGAGGAUCGGAAACACAUUUUAAGGUGUUGAUAGUAUCUGAAAAGUUCGACGAUCUGCCGCUGAUAAAGCGCCACCGUUUGGUAAAUUCUGUUGUGAAAGAGAAAUUAGCAGGCGAGUUUGUGCAUGCGCUUUCCAUUGAGGCUAAAACACCGAAGCAAUGGGAUCCCAAUUACAUUGUUGACCCCAGCCCCAAUUGCAAGGGCGGUUUUGGGAAAUGAGUAAAAAAUGGAGUUGGUAUAGACUGUUUAAUUAAAUAUACAAUGUAAAAAAAGAAAGAAGAAAAUAUGCAAAUAUAAAAACCAGUGCAUCCUCGCAUC